AACUCCCAACCAAGAUGGUGGUCAAGCGCAACUGAGCUCAUAAAGUCUCACCAAAAACUGGCAAUUUUCGCUUCUUAUGAACGAGUUGUACGACUUUAAAGAUCUUUGGAAAGUAUGACUCUGUCUUGCUAACAGAUGAGCAGAUGAAACGGAAAAUCAAAGAGUACCUGUAGGGGACACCUCUGUCUUCUCCUUGUGUCUAACAUCUAGCUAAGAAACAGAUGAUCUCAUUAGUACCUUCUUGAAUUUUUAAACUGGACAGUCAGCAUCACCAUGAGGCCAUCACGGGUUUUUAAGUUGAUUAUAGUGGCCAGUCUCCUGGUGGCUGCCUUUUUCUACAUUGUCAAAGUCACCAACAAGGACGAAAAAGUAAGAACUCGCGAUGAUGAGGAGGAUAAGGGUAUUGACUUUGCUGAGGAACAUAAGGACUUUGCUGAGGAACGUAAUGACAUCAAGUCUGUCAUUAAGAAGGAGGAUGGAGAGAAGAAGCCUGAGGAAGACUCCUCUCCACAAGAAGAGGCUCAUCAGCAAAACGAGAAGUCUGUCAACCUGUCUGACAGAAACCCAUCCAGUGUUCAAGAGAUGAGGAGCAUCAUCAAUGAUGUGAACUUCAACCAGGAGGUCCACAAUCUUGACAAGUUCCCCAAAAGGCCUGAAGAGGGAAUCAUUAUUGUUGUGCAGGUCCACAACAGGCCAGAGUACCUGGAACAGUUGGUGAAGUCCCUCGGCGCAGCAAAGAGCAUCGAGAAGGCUCUUCUGAUCAUUAGCCACGACUACUUCUCAAAAGAAAUCAACAAGAUUGUAGAAAGUAUAGACUUCUGUCAGGUGAUGCAGAUUUUCUUCCCAUUUGCAUCACAAUUUUAUCCGGAUGAAUUUCCAGGCCAGGACCCAAAUGACUGUCCCAGAGACAUCCCCAGAGACAAGGCCCUUGAGAUUGAGUGCACCAAUGCAGCCUACCCAGACAUGUAUGGCCACUACAGAGAGGCACCCUUCACUAUGACCAAGCACCAUUGGUGGUGGAAGGCCCACCGAGUGUUUGAGGGUCUGAAGGCUACACGAGACCACAAAGGUCUGGUCCUGUUUCUGGAGGAAGAUCACAUUGUUUCUCAGGACUUCUACCCAACACUGGAGCUCAUGGCUAAACUACAGCAGGGUGAGUGUCCAGAAUGUGACAUCAUCAGCAUGGGACUGUACGACAGACCGUCUAAUUACCAGUCUGUAGGAGAUAUGGUGGAUGUAAUCACAUGGCAGUCUUCCAAACACAACAUGGGCAUGGCCUACACCAGGGACACAUGGGCCAAGAUCAGGAGCUGUUCAAAGGAGUUCUGUACGUUUGAUGACUACAACUGGGACUGGACCCUGCAGCACGUGAGCGGCAGGUGUCUGCCCAGCACCCUGACCACCAUGGUCAUCCUGGGACCAAGGGUGUUCCACAUCGGCACAUGUGGAAUGCACCAUUCCAACAAGGAUGCCAAGUGUGAGGUGGAGAAGGAGGUAGGAUACGUGGAGGAUCUGCUGAGGAGAAACAAGCCUUACCUGGACCCCAGCGGACUCUACAUCAAGCAGCGCUUUGACAAAUCUGCAGUCAUUAAGACAAUGAAGCCCAACGGAGGCUGGGCAGACCCACGUGACCACAGGCUGUGUAUGAGCUAUGCCAAGAUGCAAAUGGUCGGACAGAAUGACACCUGAUUCCAGCAUUGCUCAAUUAGAGUUUUAUAUAUAUGAUAUGAUAUGAAAAUAUAUAUAUUCACCAUCUUGCAACAACUUUGUACAGAGUUUUUUUAGAACCUGAAGCCCGAUUUUGUCUAACUUGUGACUUGAAUUGGGGUUAAGUGAUGGUGUAUUGCCUUACUCAAUUAAAGAACUUGUUUGAAAAGAAAAACUACAAUUGGCAAAGCUAAAAGGUAGAAUGAAUAUGCUGAGAAAAAUUUGCUUUAUAAUUUUAGUCCAGAUUGUUCCUUUUCUCUAAAUAGAAUAUUUUACUACCAGUAACCUCACUCCACUGGUGCCAAAUAGGGGGAAAUUUUCCUAGUAGACCUACGAAUGUUCUCUGUACGAUGUAAAAAAGUUCUGUAUACAAGUUUAGAGAUAAUUAUGAUGUUUUUGCUACAAAAUGAAGGACAAACCAGAAACUAUCUGGAUAUUUUCAGGUCUACAGUUCAUACAUGUUUUGGUUCACAGCACUGUAAUUUUUUGUUGGCUUUGUUGUGCUUCUCAAUUUGUUCACAGCAAUUCUGGAUGCAGUUUUUCUAAUUACUA